AUGGACACCCCGCGCCCGCCGCCCGAAGGGUCCUCGCCGCGGGGUCCUGCGGCCAACACCGCCGUUGCCGUGGAGACGGCGUCCACCGCCGCGCCGGCACCUAUGGAGGAGCGGGGUGGCUCCGGAGAGCUGGCUGCAGCUGACGGCGGAGACCGGGGCAAGGCCGGGGAGCGGGCCGCAGACGACGGCGGGGACUUGGCCGAGAGCGCGGGAAACGCUUCGGAGCCCCGGGGGGAUGGCGGAGCACAGCGGCUGCGAGAGACGGGGCGCGGGGCGGGCACUUCCGGCGGCGCGCGGAGGCGUCUUCCGGUACAACUGCGCCUGCGCGGCAAGGAUGCGGUGUGUGCUGCCAUCAGCGGGGAGGAGCCUGAAGUGCGGGGGGAGGGGGAGAGCGAGAGCGAGAGCGAGGAGGGCGACGUCGGCGAAGCCGAAGAGCGGGAGCAGGAGCGGGAGCAGGAGCAGGCCAAGGCCAGUGAGGAGGACGAGGAGCGAGAGCAGCGGGAGCAGCAGGAGCAGGCCAGUGAGGAGGACGAGGAGCCGUGCCCCGCCACUAUGCUGGACGUGUUCCGCUCCAUCCCCACACAGAUGGACUACAAGGGCCAGAAAUUAGCGGAACAGAUUUUCCAGGGCAUCAUUCUUGUCUCUGCCGUAAUUGGUUUCAUCUUCGGGUAUGUCACUGAGCAGUUUGGAUGGACUGUCUACAUAGUUAUGGCCGGAUUUGCAUUAUCCUGUUUGCUGACACUCCCCCCAUGGCCCAUGUACCGCCGCAACCCCCUGAAAUGGCUGCCUGUGCAGGAGUCGGGCACAGAGGAUAAGAAGCCAGCAGACAGAAAACCAAAAAGGCAUUCUAAAAGCUAAAUAAAACGGUUCUUUGUUAUGGUA